AUGAAAAUCAAGGGGGAGCCAAAUCCUAAAUUAAAAAAUUCACAACGACAACACAAUCUGUUCCCUUUUCUCUGUCUUCUCCGCCGACAUAUCACCGAUCAGCCAUCGCUCGCCGGCGGCGCCACCUGUCAAACUCGACGGGAAAUCUCCCUGAAGCUCUCAAGAACUUCAUCUCUGAUCUCUAGCAUUUUUCUUCGCCGCACUCAACUAACGGGAUUCAAGAUGAUCGGGUCUUUUAUCACCAGAGGACUAGUGAUGGUUUUUGGUUAUGCUUAUCCUGCAUAUGAAUGCUAUAAAACUGUUGAAAUGAAUAAGCCUGACAUUGAGCAACUUCGGUUUUGGUGCCAGUAUUGGAUCUUAGUUGCUAUGUUGACUGUUUGUGAGAGGAUUGGCGACUUGUUUAUUUCAUGGGUUCCGAUGUACAGUGAAGCUAAGUUGGCUUUCUUUCUAUACUUGUGGUUUCCAAAAACAAAGGGAACAACAUAUGUUUAUGACUCCUUCUUUAGACCCUAUGUUGCAAAACAUGAGACGGAUAUUGAUCGUAAUUUGUUAGAACUGAGAACAAGAGCUGGAGAUAUGGCAGUUUUGUACUGGCAAAAGACUGCAAGCUAUGGUCAGACUAGGAUUUUUGAGAUUUUGCAAUAUAUUGCUUCACAGUCAACGCCUCCUCGUCGUGCCCAGCCGCAACAUCAAGGUGCUGGAAUCCACCAACCUACUGCCCCCACAAAUCAAAUAUCAACGCAGCCGCAAAAUGAACAACCCCCCUCUCCCGCAUCCAGUACAUCAAGUCAGCACCAAGAUGUGGCAGAAGAUGAAGAGCGUUCAGAAGCUUCGAAAGAAGCUCCUCCUCCUGCAGUCUUGAAUGCACAGAAAACAAUACCAGCACAAGCCCAUGUUGAGAGCACCAAAACUCAGAGCUCUACUGAGGAGCAAGUGAUGCUGAUUGAUUCAGUACCUCCCUCAGCAAAUGAACCUUCUCAACCUCCACAAGAUCUGGUCGUGGAAGAAGCUGGACGAGUGACACGGGCAAGGUCAAGGAGAACACGUGGUGGAUCAAAUUCGUUGAAUGGCAAAUUAGUUCAUUCCAGGUCUCAGUAA